CUUGCGAGGGGUGGAAGUUGUGGGGCCGCCGCGGCUGAUCAUGAAGUUGCAAAUCUCUGACUCUACCUGGUGGAUGGACAUGUUUUCCUGCGUUCUGUGGCCCUACCUGUUUUACUACGAAGACAACAUGAUCAAACACGACCAUUACCAGAGCGACCACUACCACAGCAACAGCGGUGGGGCGGACGGCGCCGGCGGCGCAAACAUCGUGAUCGUUUUGUCACUGUUGAAGCUGGUCCGGAUGUGGCGGUUGGCAAGAGACCCGACCUACAUGCUGGUGGCGUGCCGGACGUGGAACACGGGGAGGUUGGGCCGGCUGGUUCUGCUGAUUUUGCUUUUCGGACACUUCUGCGGCGCGAUUUGGUUUUACGUCACGGACAAAGAGAAAACCGUGCUGCAAAUCGUGUCCCGGGACUCGAUUGAAUUUGCGGAUUACUACACCGAUAGUAGUACUUCUGCCAGCACAACAAGCCUUCAUAUUUCCAACGAGUACCUGAAGGAACAGCUGUCCUUCUACGAUCUGUACGCCUACUCCCUGCAGCACGGAAUGAUCAUGUUCCUCGGCAGGAUGAAUUCCACCGGGAACUCCCCCGGGGAAAAUUUACUUUUCGCCUUCGUUGCUCCGUAUCCUGAGUAAAAACGUACCCACACCAGAGUCAAGAUGGAAAAUCUGCUAGACAAAUCCACAAGCUUUGGCUGUUUUGCAUGACAAAUUCGGACUCGUAGUGUAGUGCUGUUUGAGCGUGCUCAGCAGCAUUACAGAUCUAGUCUCUCAUGCUGAUUGGAGCAUGACAAAUUUCAAAACAACAUUAGAGAAUGCUCCUCAUGCGGCUCCGCAUGAGAAACAUUUUAAGCAUGCAGAUUUGCAUUACAACUCUGGCGUGGGUACGUUUUUACAUAGGAUACCCCGGUUGGGAUCAUCAUUCAGUCCGUGAUCUUCAGCAAAAUGUCAAUGAUGUACAUGUAUAAAAUGCAAAUAUGUCUGGGUCUGGAACAAGAGUGUAACUUGUCAUGCUACAUCUGGAUCGUGGAAAAACUUGUGUUGCAUGAUUACCAAAAGAGGUCCACUUUUGAACAAGUUUAGAGGCAGUUUCUCGUGCAGGAAAGGCAUGGUAGAGAUCUCACAGAACCUGUCAUGCUAGGCAGUGCAUGCCAGACCGCGUGGGUCAUGGAAAACCUGCAUAACAAACUUGCAUUCUUCCAGACCCAGACACUCUUGCACUUGAUAACAUGGCGCAAGACCAGCACAUAGUGCGCCAGCAACAACUCCUCGUGGAUCUCCGGGCUUCCAUGAAGAUGCUGCGGUUGCUAUCAAAAGGAAAAAUCCCCCCUCCCCACACUGAACAGGUAUGCUUCGUCUAAAAAUUUGUGAUGCUGAUUUGUGACCACAAAUCCUGUCUCUCUUGCCAGAGGGCAAACGCAGAGACCCCGCCACGACAUACAGGCGAUUUGUAAUGCUGCAAGGCCUAUAGGGCAGCAGUCUGCCAUGCUAGGCCCCUACACCAAGAGACCCCCCCUUAGGCUUACGAUCUGCGUGCAGUCCUUUACUGCAAGACAAAUGUGAUUUGUGUACUCAAAUACCGCAACACAAAUUUCGUUUUCGAUAUGGGGAGGGGGGAUUUUUCAUUUUGAAAGGUGCCGUUGACGUUGCGGUCGAGGAUUCUGUCUUUCUUCACCUACCAGCGGGUUAUGCAUUGCAAAUAUGUCCGGGUCUGCACGGCUCCGAACUUGUGAUGUGAAUUGCGGAUCGUGCAAAGAUUUGUGUUGCAUGACUGGCAACAGGUGCUCACUACUUCUGGCCAUGCUGAGAGGGUAUUUCUCAUGCAGAAUAAGUAGGCAUCACUGAGGGGCUGCAGAACCUGUGAUGCUAGGACCCGCAUUCCAGAUUUGAGGACGCUAGGAGAAACUGCAUGACAAAAAUCUGCAUUCUUCCAGACCCAGACAUAUUUGCAUUUGAUAUGGGUCCACAGAAACCAAGACUUUCUCGGCGUCCUCCACAGUUCCGGCGGGGGGCAGAGCCAGCAGCUGAAGUGGCAGCUGGCUUUGACACUGUAUCGGGAUUUGCUCGACCCCGACGUCGUGGGUGGCUUCUGUUUGCCGACCAGUAGCUUCGCAGCCUUGCAGGCAAUCUUGCUCGCUCUGAAGGACGAAAUUUGCCUCCCCGGGGACUACAUCUGCAAGGAGGGGGACGAGGGAACGGGGAUGUACUUCUUGCUAAAAGGGGAGUUGAUUGUGAGCUCGAAGGGCGAAACGCUAGCGGUUCUGCAGAAGGGCCAGUUUUUCGGCGAUCUGAGCUUGUUAACGGGGUUGCGACGGACGGCCUCGGUGCGGGCGAACACGUUUUGCACUUUGGCUUUCCUUUCCAAACAAGCGAUGGCUCCGAUCUUGCAGAAGUAUCCGAGUCAAAUGGAGUUGAUGGCCUCGGUGUUUCGAAAGACGGUGAUUGGCAUGGGAGGGGGCAAACCGCCACCUGGAGGUGGGCCACGACAGGGUAGUAACAGUCAGAACCCCACGGGUGCCGCUGGACGGAGUAACCCGUCGUCGAAUGAGAACUACGUUUCCGGGCAGCAGUCGCACUCAGGAGCACCGUCGGGAAGUAGAGCAGGUUUGUCUUCUGGUGGACAGCAGAAAAACAAGAACCAGAGCAAGCAAAUGCACAACCAGAUGCCACAAGUUGUAAACCCCAACAUCCCGUCGUGGCGCAAAUCGCAAAUGCGCACGCAGUAUCAAAUGCAAAAAUGUCUGGGUCUGGAAGAAUGCAAGUUUGUCAUGCUUGUCUGGCAUGACUAGAAAAUCUGUGUUUCAUAGGUACGAAAGAGCCAUCUUAACUGCCAUGCAAAGAGGCAGUGCGCCAUGCGGAAUGCAUAAGACAUGGCAGCCACAAAAUUUGUGAUGCAUAGCUGCGUAUUGCGGCACGUCUAUCAUUCACUUUUAGCAUUACAAGUUUCCAGACCCAGACAUAUUUGCAAUCCACACGCAGAUGCAGGACCAGAUCCAGCAAAAGUCGAAGCAGUUUUGCAUCGACCCGAAUCUCUACUCUAACAAAGAUACCUGGGUGGAGCGGGAGCUGUGGCAGCGGUGCGAAUUGAUGAGUGAGGAAAGUUCGGAAGGCAGCGGUAGCUCGGAUGAACAAUCGGAGGAAGAAGACUCGGACGAGAGCGAUCACACUGAAGACGAGGACGAUGAUGUUCAUGACAACGACCGCAGUCAAACCGAGUGCAGCCGAACCCAGGACUCCGAAGAGUCGCCUUACUCGGUUGAAACUUCGGAGACGUUUCCCAAAGCGAGGAACGGGAGAGGAGGACGACAAAGGGCUGCGAAUUAUCGCAACAAUGAUAGUACUGACCAAACAUCUGGCUACAGAACCAGCGGAACAAACGGUAGUCACCAGGGGUCCGAGAGGAGCGGCACUGGUCCUACUGCAACUCGGGGUGAACAAAGUAGAAAUCACAACGAUUACAAUUCAUCACAGCUGGUGAACCGUUUGAAAACCUUCCAGUCUGUUCAAACUUGCGAUUUGGAGUCUGGGGAUGAGGUCUGGGACCCGAAUGCCGAUACGGAUUCGGAAAACACCAGCGGCUCUGCGUCUGAAGGUGCAAAUGAGGAGGACGAAAAAGAGGACAAAAUGAACAGCACGAUUAAUUCCAAGUCCUCCAAGCCUUCGAACGCCACCACGUCCCAUUCCCACCGCCAGCACUACCAGGCCCUGCAAACCUUCGCGACGCACGCGGUGGUUGUGAGCAGAGAAACCACGAAAGACAGCACAGCGGUAGGAGCCGAUGUAGAAGCGGACAACGCCAAUAGUUCGCCAACCCGGAAGCAGGCGAAAAACAAAAAAAGACGCCUCUCUGGGCAGUCGGAAAGAAGGGUGAGGAAAAUGUCGCAGCAGUCGAAGCUGUCCAUGCGGUCCUCGGUGCGGACAGGCAAUAGCAGUAUCGCGGAUUCCAACAUUCGACGGAUUCGGGCGAGAGAAAAAGAGGGCUGGGCGGGGAUCAUAAAGAAAAGUGCGGGUCGGUCCGGGUCGAAUCAAGAGCCUCUGGAUGAUCAGCUUUCACUGGACGAGGACGAUCACCCGCUGCAGAGGAGGCUGAGUCACGACAGUCUCUGCUCCGAACUGAUGCAGUUCAAGGAUAACGUCUGCUCGCGGCAUGCGCGGCACGCGAGGCGGAUGAGCAAUCCGUAUCCGGAGGAUGCGGGGUAUGAACCAGUGUAUGGUGGUGACCAUGCGCCAGUUCUUAACCACACAAGAACUACUUCUACAGGGAACAAGACUCACAGUACGAAAUCGAGCCCGAAAAUGAUGAAGGGUAGCAGAUCUUUUGGCACCAGUAGAACGACCAAGAAUUUGGGACGACAACAGCAGAACAAUAAUAACGCGGCCCUGCUUUACAACCGGCCGACUUUGGAAAAGAGCACAUCGGAAUUAACGACCGAGCAGAUUCCGGCGGAUCAACUUCUGCAUCCGCAACCGGUUCUUUCGCCUAUCCCGGGGGAGACGUUGGUGCCCUUCCAGGAGCAGCUGCAUCUGUUUCCGAGAGCAACGACCGAUAAUUCCUGUAGUUCAGGGAAGAAACAGCUACAUCAGGCCCAGGGAGAAACUACUACGGAACUAAUGCAGCAAGGGCCUAUGCCUGCCGCGCCUCCUGCUGCUCUGACCCUGCCGCUCCGCCAAACGCAAGCCAGGUCUCAAGUCGCGGAGUCGGAAGUUGUACCGACUAAGGGCGGGGCGGGCCAAGCGUUAGUGGAAACACUAAACCCGACAGUUGAUGUACUAGACCACGAAGAUGUUGCAGCUCCGGUACUAGAGAACGACGAUGGGCAGCAGGAGAAAAAGCGACAGCAAGCUUCCCCCGUAGAACAGUCACCGGCGAGAAGUAUCACCAGCAGCAGGAAAGCGAAGGACAGAAUGAUGUUGAAAAAGAAGAACAAUUUUGAUGCUCAAGAAGUAGAACAUUCUGGCCAUCCAGGUGUUGUUUCCGCGUCCGCACCUCCCGCUAUCCCCCCUAUCCUCGAAGACAUUGACGUGCAGCACCGCACCGCGUCGGGGAAGUUGGUCAGAUUUGAUCUGCGAAAAACCAAACACACAUCCAGCUCGGAAUCAAACAUCCGCAGUACGCAAAUGGGAGGGGUUGUAGGCAACAAGGAAGGCAGCGGUUUGCACACCAACCACAGCUCGGGUAACCGCAUGAGUGACAGCACGCCCGGUGAACUACGGACCAACAGCAGUUCCGAGGUGCCGGAAAGAACGAAUACGUCUUCGGAGGUGGAUCUACUUUCCGCAGCGGUGUCCGGGUUCAAUACAACCAGUGCGGGAAGCUCGGUUCAGAACUUUCCGACGCAGGAGGGGGAUCAUGAUGACCUUCGACGUGUGGGUCGUGAGAGCAAAAGCAAUCAGGAUGUUGAGCAGGAUCAUUUUACAUUCGCAGGAACUACAGGAGCCAUGAUGCCUGUGGUGCCAACUGUCGCUGGAGAAAACGCGACCAACGCGCGCGCUUUCAAUGUUCCAGUCCGCGAGGACAGUGUCAGUGCGUCGAAGCCGAGUAGCACUGUGGGCAACACCUCGGACGACAUGAUUUCCUGGUCGUCGAAAAAGUCCAAAAGGUCGUCCCGCUCUCACCGAAUAAAGGACCACAGGCGGGGGAGUGGUGGUAAAAGCGAGCGGAAGGAAGAUACUCUCAGAGAGGACGCAAAAAACUCACCAAGAAAUACAGUUGCGGAUACACAAGUAAAACAGCAGAACACUUCCUUCGACACUCUGAAUCACACUGCGCGCAGCAGCAGAAGCAGUAAAAGAGGAGACUAUGAUCAGAGAAGGAAGGAGGGAAGGGAUGAUCAUGAACACGAUAGGAAACGAGCCGAUGGUUACAGAAGCAGUUCGGGAGAGAGGAGUCGAGCGCACGCCGGGCGAAACAAAAAAUCUGCCUCGUCGGAUCAUCAGGAAAAGAAACGAAGAGAACGCGACGACAAUGAAUGUGAAACGAGUGGCCCAGGCGACCAUGGUGAAAACAAUGUCGAGGGGGGGAGCUACAAUUGCAACACCAAAUCCGGCAGUAGUCACUCGCAAAAGUCGCAUGCGAAUACCGGCCCCGGCACUAGCGCAGACAGCGUCGCUCCUCCAGCAGAGCAACAGAAGUCAAAGUCAAAAAAGCACCACAGCAAGGACAAGCAUCUGCAAUUACCGCGGAACAGCAACAACCUUGCGCAAAACGAUGCUGCGAGUACGCUUUCUGAUCUGCCGUCAAAUUCCGGCUCCAAGUAUUCCUCUUCUCACUUUCUCGACUAUGAACCGCUACAGCAAGGAGGAAAUAGUGCUGGACCAGGCUCGUACGUCGGAAGUUCCGUUGCGCCGGAAGGAGCUGCAAUUGGGACCAAUAGCAAACCAAAAACUUCUUCUUCGCACACGCACCGCCGCGCAUCUGUUACUGCGGGCGGUGGGACCACAGCGAGCCACGGAGCCGCGUCGAGGGGCAGGCGGAACAGUGCGGCCAUUAUGAACGUGGAUUACUGCUUAGUCGAUGUGGCGAUGUUGCAACAGCCCCCCGGCGGCGCGGGUUCCUCGCAAGACCCGGAAAAUCGAAAAUCAUCCCGACCCAGUGCGAGGAAGUGAUGCUGGGAGCAUUGCGAUGAAAUUCGAGUGUGAAAUAGAAUGUAAGAACUGUGAGCAUCUGAAUCUCUUUAUGUGUGUUUCACUGUUAGACAAAAGGGGGACUAUGAACAGACAGAACAUAAUUUCAUUUUUUCAUGGAAAAAAAUUAUUGCGAUGAACUUGAACAUGAAUAUGAACCUUUUCCUUGUCGUAUGAUAAACCCGGCCACGGAAUCAAUAUCAAAUGUGACAAGAACCGACAGCAUAGCUUAUGAACGUAUUCGUAUUGUCGCGACCUCAACAUCCUUUUAUUUUUUUUUGCUUACGUUACGCUCCGGCUCCGGCGAGUAAUCUACGUACUCUCGUCUGCUAUGUCACAGCCAGCAGCGCAUCCAAGAUGUCUUUGUCUACUAGCUGAGGCUGGAGCCUAUAGCGCGGCCUUCUGCAUGUGCAUUUUUUCACAGUCAAAAACUGUCUUUGUCCAAUGUAAAUGUUAGCCCAACAGCCAACUGCAGCUGUUGCAUAGUUUUACCCGAUUACUCAAACAGACAAAGGACAUGGAACAGCUAAAGCACCCCUUCCACAAUCCUGUACAUACACAUAGCGCAAAACCUUUUUGAUGUGAUAUUGCUAAUUUUUCGAACCAAGAGUGCGCAGCUGCGGCACACACAGCGCGAAGAGGCUACGUAGUGUGAACACAGGAAAGAGCUGAGCACUUUGAAAGGGCGACUCUUUGAAUAAAUUCAAUCGACUCUCGGCAGUUUUCGAAGUCAACUUCUUCUGCUUUUUUGUUCCGUAUCGAC